GGGGGUUUUGACCGGAUCCUGCGUUAUGCGGCGCUAUUUUCACACUUUCUUUUUCCUUGAUGUGGUACUGAGAUUAAAACUCAGACACUUGACUCUCAGACAGUCUGACUCAAACACCGUCGACCUGCAGACAGACAGACAGACGGACCUCUGUUGGGGGACAAAAUGUGGUUUCGAGGUGAGCUUUUAAAGUCGAUUUGGCAUGCUUUCACUGCACUGGACGAGGACCACCGUGGAAAAGUUUCCAAGUCUCAGUUAAAGGUGCGUUUCAGUUCUGGUUCCUUUUCUUGUUUCUGUGUGUUUUAUAAGUCUAGACGCCAUCGAAAGCAUGAAAAGACUCUAAACGUUAUUUCAUCAUUUAUUUAAACGUUUGUGUUUACAUUAUCUUAAUGACGAUCUUUUUAUUAUAUGGGUCAAUGACGUAUAAGGUUUUUCAACAUGCCAAUUUUAAAAUACCAAAAAUAAGAAUAUCUUUCGCAACAGUUCAAACACUCAGGAUGUUAUGUAUACAAAAACUAAAGUUUAAUUUUUAAAUUAGGCAAUUUUAGUGUUUUUUCAUAUAGAUUGCCCGUGGCCUUAAAAAAUGUCAUGUGGUGCGACCAUCAUUUAUCUCAAAAUUAUUACAUUUUUUCAACAUACUCUAUAGUUUUUUUACAAAUUGUCAGUAAUAUCAAGUACAUAGGAACACCUUUGCAUUUUAUUUGAGUUUUUGUAAAUAAUGAUCUCAUAUAUUCGCUCUAUAAUGUCACAGUCGCUAUAUCAAAUGUAGUUCACUGAUUAUUUUUUUCUUUAAAUUGCAUAAUACUGAUAAAAAUGUUUUGACACUACCUUUCAUGUAAGCAUAUUGUAUCAGGUAUUAAUGUCUCGGUUACAGAAAUGAGAUAUUUUAGUUUGUAUUUGAUAUAGCUAAUGUUAUUAUUGGUCGCACCACAUGAUUGGUGGUCGCGCCAAAUGACUUGAAGACCUUGUAUCAUUAAAAAUCAAUUUAAAGAGACCUAUGAACAAUUAAUUUCAUGCAAAUUUUAUAUUAAAACCAAAUUUUAUUAACAUUUCAAACAUGAACGCGAACAUUUUAUUUCCCUUUUUUUACAAAAAUUUAACUCUGUGUGUGUUUGUGUAUGUGGUCCAGAGGCCUGCACUUUGAAGCUGGAUUAACACACCCAGGAUAACUCUGCCACAACUCGCUCAACUUCACCAGAUCUCCGUAACCCCGAUCAGCUGUACUACGAGGCAGGAUAUCAACUCGCUAACUAAAUUCAGUUGUGGUCAGUCUAGAUCUGUGCGCGCACACGUAAAGGGGGCGGGGUCAGUGCCACCGGACCAAUCUCCACAAUGAAGAAGGCUGCACGUCAUAUUUCACAGCCGAGGAACAGAGCAUCGUUUUACGCUAAUACGAGGAGUACCGCAACGUUAUAACAUUGAGGAGCAGGACAGCUACAGCCGCUAAAAGCCGAAGGGACUGCUGGCCAAAAAAAAUCAUCGAUUGUGUAAAUUUCAUUUGUGCGUUGAUAAAUUUAUGGCCCCCUAAUAUGUUGUCAUGCAGCGUGUGUGAUCACCUCCAUCAUUGACCUCAUUAUUUCAGAUACAACAGCAGUGGGGAAAAGAGUAGGUGGGAGCAAAUAAAAAUAAAUCAAAAAACAUCCGUCAAAGUGGUUAGCUGGUUUACUGGAAGAUUUUAUUUGUACAUAUUUCAACGCGUAAACAGUGAUUUCCUCACUCUGCCUUUUUUCUUUUUUCUCCAUCAUCUGAUGGUCACAUGUCAUCUGCAGACACAUUUGGGGUUAAGAGGAGUUUUCUAAUCUGCUUCAAUAAAUUCUGAAUGAUAACUGAUAUGCCGUAUGAAACUUGAACUUGGAGCUUGGAAAAUAUUAGUGUAUUGCUUCGACUUCAUGUUACCUGACUAUUGAGGCCGUCCGAGGAAAACCUGUAACGUUCAUAGAGAAUGUCAUCAGGUAAAUCAAACGGAUUUGAACGAUCAUGAAUAUAAUGCUCUCGGCGAAGCGCUCCUCUCACCAUCCGCGCAACGAUGUCAACAAUCUUGGCCCAAUCUUUGACCAGCCCUGGCAUGAACAACAUGCUGCAGGGUCAGAGGUCAGAGGGGUCAGGGUCAGAGUUGACACGCUGCCUAUAGCGAGCGCUUUUGACUUUGCUCGGCAGUGGCAUCUGGCAAAAUAAAUUAAAAUGACUUAAAUUGAUACAUGAAAGUUAAUAAAUUGCUAACAACAGCAUAAAUACCUUAAGUGAAAUGGCAUGCUUUUAAUAUUUUUUUUUAAUUUUGUACAGAGAUGACCUAACCAUUAUUUCAGAAAUGUUAGCAAAAUGACUCAUCAAAUAACAAAAAAAAUUCAAAAUAAUACUAAAAAUGAAGUACUUAGUGUUUAUCAAUCAUCAAUUGAAUAUAAAAAGCGUAAAUACUGCCAAUCGAGGGCAUAUAUUUAUGAUGGAAAACCAUCUGCAGUGGUCGCACCACAUGAUAACUGGUCGCACCGCAUGACAUUUCAAAUUCAGUCAAAUCUUACUGAUACAGGAUUAGUCACAUAAACAAACCUCACUAGCUUCCCACAAAAGGUCACUAUGAAAUUUAUGAUUAAAAUACUUAUUUGUGGAAAUAACUUAAAUUAAUUGUUUUUUUUGAGGUCAUACCACAUGACAUCGAAAAGUGCAAACACCAUUACAGCAGUUGAAAAGGUCUUUUUUUUUUUAAGAAACGAGAGAACCACCAACCCUCUUUCUGCUUCCAUAGCUCUACGACAAAAUGGUGAAUGAUCCAACAUCCUGUCCUUGAGUAAAUUUCAGCAUAAAAGUGUCAAAAAUGGUCAUUUUUUGAUGGUCGCACCACAUGAUAUUUAAUGAAAUGGACACUCUCGAAUAAAAAACACUUUCAAAAUUAUGCCGAAUAUUGCAGAAACUAAAUUGUAAUAGAUUUAGAGUAAUUUCAAAGAAGUUUUCAAAACAGAAGUCAUGGCCGGACGGUCGCACCACAUGAUAUUUUGACCCUUUGAAGUUAAAAAAAAUUACAAAAAACUCCUGAUUUUUGAAAAGUUGAAGUGGCUCCAUAUAUUAGAGAGAUACUACAAAUAGAUAGUAUAUUUUUUUACAUUUAAAACUCUUUGUAACAUAAAGAAAAUACAGCCGGACAGAAUAUUGAGGCGUCACGUCAUUGACCCAUAUGUCUGUAUUUCCUCACAAGAGAUUUACACUCAAUGGUUUGCAGUGAUUUCAUUCACUUGUUUCAAACGCUAAUUAGUUACCUGUUGAUAUAAUAAUAAUAAUAACAAUAAUAAUAAUAAUGCAUCAGAUUUUUAUGGUGCUUUUUGUCAUUGACCUCAAAGCACUGAACACUGGAUACAUCAUUCAUCCCCUCACACAGUCACACCUAUUCACUGAUUGAGUUACACGCUGUCACCCUCUUCAUUAAGAUUUUAAAAUAAAGACCUGAGUCACUGAUUAAGUUUAUCAGAAAUUUUUCUGAAUACUCUCAGAAAAUAGCCUCACUCACACUUUUUACAUGGGCUAUUAUACUACAAGGAUAGUAUCACAUGAUCUGUUCAGCCGAGGAUUUAGGCAACUCUACCAGAGAUGGGCAGCAUCAUGAAGGACUGAAAAGUUAUUUUUGUCAUGUGACUUCGGCCAUUAUUUUAAGAAGGUGUCCAUGUGUUGCUCUACAUAAUGGGCAUAACAUGUCUGCAUGCCACAUAUUUAACCCAUUCAUCAAUCCUGCAUAAUUUAACGCUCUUUCAAGUUAGGAAGUUGACUCGUGUAUAUGAAGUUUGAUUGCCGGAGCAAAUACCAGAAAGAAGGAGCCUUGGCUUUAAGUCUUGGUCUGAUAACAAUGUGCACAGCCUGACAAAGACACAAACUCCGGCUUUAAAGACACAAAAUUGGGCUUUAAGGAUUCUGCAAGGUUUUCUUCUGUCACGUUUGAUUUCGACUCUGCAGAGCACGCUAGAACCACAGGAAGUAAACUGACACAGCAGGCUGUUUGCAGGUGGAAGAUACUGGACGUGACCUUUAAAGUUGCGGUGCUUUGCAUUUAAAACCAAACAUGAUUGUUCUUAAAGCUGAAGUAGAUAAGAGAGGUUUUGUUUUUUUUAGAGAAGUGAAAAUGCGCCUUGAAAACAGAAGUUAUGCAUGACCAGUGAAGCUGACAACUGUGAGACUGGUCCAGUGCCAAAUCUAGCUUACCAUGAACAAUGUGUUUUCCUUUUGAUAAGAUUUGUCUUGCGCUAAAAUAUCAGCCUUUAGCUAAAGUACUCACGCACUAUAGUAUUGUCUAUAUCACACUGAAGUUGUGUUUGUUUAGGUGCUGUCUCACAACCUGUGUACAGUGAUGAAGAUCCCUCAUGACCCUGUGGCCCUUGAGGAACAAUUCAAAGAUGAUGAUGACGGACCGCUGGCCAACCAGGGCUACAUGCCUUACCUGAACACAUUUAUACUGGACAAGGUGGGGCCAACAAUGCUAUGAAUAAUCCCAAACUUAUUUAUGAUAUAUUCCACGAUGAUCAUUGACAUUUUUUAAUUCUUAUGGUGCCUAAAUUAUUCAAAAAAAUAGCCAUCACCUUAAUUUCAAUCUGGUGUAGUUAACGCUUUUAAAAGUGAAAUAUUAAGCUGUACUUUUCACAUUGUUUUUUCAGUUUUGAAUAUUGACGCAGGUCUCUGCUUGGUACUGUGGAGAGCACACUGAUAAACUGUAUGUGUUGCAUCUCAAACUCAUGUCAGCUCACAAACUGCCUGAGUUUCACUCUUUGCACUUGGAAGCUGUAUUUUUUCCUUUCCCCUGGAGGUUCUGACUUGAAUGAAAAUGAGGCAUUUAAAUGACAUCAUGUUUGUAGCUCACAUCCUGCAGACUGGAUGUUCUGAAUAGAGACAAACUCCAGUCUAAAUACAAAUGAUAGUCCUGACAAGUUGGAGACUCACUGGAUCCUGCAUUUCUGUUCACAGGUACCCAAAGAUUUCGAUGUGGUAGAGUUCAACAAGAUGUGUUGGACUCUGUGUUACAAGAAAAACAUCUGCACGAAAAAUCUACUCAUCUUUGAUGAUGACGCUUUCAAAGUCUGGUGCAUUUUCAACUUUCUAUCAGAGGACAAAUACCCACUGGUUAUCAUUCUGGAAGAGGUGAGAGGGAUCUUUGCAUUUUUAUGUAAAGAAUUAAAGAGUGAAUUUAACCUGCCCUGUCCUCCAACAAACAUUGUCUGUUCAUCCCAUAGAUCGAGUAUUUCCUCCUAAAGCUCACGGAGGCCAUGGCGAGUGGGUGGAAUGUGGAGAAGUUUACUGAUUACAAGCUGCAGCUGCAUGCGAAGAACAACUGCCUGACUGUCUGGGAGCUGAUUGAAGUGGUGGGGAUAAGUCACUUCUGGCAAGUGAACCGCCAAACCCUGUCCAUGGGCAUCAACGAGGUCUUCCAGGAGCUCAUAUUGGACGUGCUCAAACAGGUGAGAUUGGACAAGGAUUUCUCCUGAACUGCUUACAAUAACCCCAUGGUCCGAAAAUUUGGUUCACUGCAACAGAAAUAAGCGCAGACUGAAAAGAUCUGUGUUGUACAUGUCGCCCUAAACCUGAAAAAUAGUGCAAAUUAGCUCAAAAACUUGAUUUGUCUUUGGUUUUCUUUCUAAAUUGAGGAAAUCAGAGGGUUUAUAGGUGAGUAAUAGGGUGUCUCUUUGCCUCUGUUUUGUGUUUCGGUGUUUUAUAGGGAUACAUGAUGAAAAAAGGCCACAAAAGAAAGAACUGGACCGAGCGUUGGUUUGUCCUUCGACCCAGCUCGCUGUCGUACUACGUCUGUGAAGAUCUGGUGGAGCUGAAAGGAGAAAUCAUUCUGGACCAAAACUGCUGUGUGGAGGUUGGUUGUGAGGUUUAACUCAGUUUAUGUUGUGGAGGGCUUUGUUUUUUCUAAAUCACUGCAUCGCAGUCUUUGUAAGUGACACUUCCUGUGUUUGUUUUAGUUCAGAAACCUCAUGACCUUUAUCUGGAUCGCUGCCACUGUCAAUAUUUUUAUAAACACACAUGGUUUUGUGUGUUUAGUUUAAUGUGCCAUUAUAUGCUUCUCUCUUUUAGUCUCUGCCAGAUAAAGAAGGGAAGAAAUGUUUGUUUAUCAUAAAGUGCGCCGACAAAACCUUUGAGAUCAGUGCAUCGGAUAAAAAGAAGAAACAGGAAUGGAUUCAAGGUAUUAAACAGCCGUCAGAAAGACUGUUUCCAUGCUCCAUGUUUGUAAUUUCAACAAUACAUCCAAAACAGUUGAGGCAAUCCAUCAAACAGUGACUCCCCUCUCCCUCUGUCAUGUCAGCAAUCCAGUCGUGCAUCCAGGUGCUGAGGCUGGGGCUGCUGUCCCCUCAUCGUGAGGCGCGGCUGAGGCGCAGGGAGCUGCGUCAGAGGCAGCAAGAUGACGGGGAAGACCUCGCAGAGAGGAUGAAGGAGCUCCAGGCAGCAAACGAGAACAAACAGAUGCAGCUGGAGGCCAUGAGGAAGGUACUGAUAAGAAGGUUCUGUUUCUAAAUGAGUCUCCAGCGACCACUAAUGAUUUGGUUUUAAUCGCAUGAGAGCAAACAUGAAACCUCAGUCUAAUUUAAUAGCCUGUUAAAACCAUUAAAUAUUUUUUAUUGAUAUUAAGGAAGUAAUUCAAUAAAACAACUUAAAAUCACUGUGAUUACAAUUUCUGACACAGUCUUUAUUUUUAAUAUUUGUUCAAGUUCAGUGAAUGACUGGCUCAACUUGUUAAUAACUGACUGAAAACAGUCCAAGUGUUUGUUCACUUCUCCUCAUUUUCGUAAACUCAGUUUACACUAACUUGAAACACUUGAAUGUAAAUGUCAAGAAAAAAGAAAAUACAUGAUUCAGCAGGAUAACAAUGUUGAAAAAGGAAGCAAAACUCACUAUGCAAACUGUUGUAUGUAUCAGUCAUGGACACCUGCAGUCUUUGAAAGGCGUGACUGCAGACGUGUUUCAGAGCUGUGGCUGAUAAUGAUGGCUGCUCACUUCUCUUUUUAGGUCAGGAGAUGUUUGAUGUUAGUAACUCAUUUAGAUUUACAUGUCUAGUAACCAAAAUAAAAAAAUUUAAUGUUGGAUCAUUUAAAGCAAAAUUAUGCAACUGAGAAGAAGAUCAUUUUACAUUUACUCAAUCAGAAAUGUCUUUUCUUUCCUACGAGCCCAAGUUUCUGAAUCCAAAACUUCCAAAUUAUUUCCACUUUUAACCUGUUUUAGCAGGAAAGCAGUAAAGUGAUCGCUCUUUUCUCUUUGGUUCAUGUCAGGAAAUGGAAGAAGCUGUAGCUAAAGCAUCGGUCGAGGAGCACAGGAGGAUGCAGACUCAGUCAGACCUGCAGGAUCGCUACAAACUGGACCUGGAGAGAGAGAAAAUGGUAACCAGUAGGGCCUCAUCUUCCUCCCACAGCCAUGGUGUUCUGUCCUUAACAUUUGUGGAUAAAGGAGUGUACCUGCAAAUGUAGUGGUGACGCAUUUGUUGUGUCAAAGCAAGAAUGUCUAUUCUGGCCUAUUUUAAUGUUUGGGUAAAGUUCCCAUUAGCCCUCUGUGGCUCCAUCUUUCCAUUAAAUACAUGCUUAAAAAAAAAGUUAAAAUGAUGAAUCACAUGAUGCUGAGUCAUCUUUUGUCUGAAUGUCAUUUGCACCGACUGAUGAAUCAUAGAUAGAUAGAUAGAUAGAUAGAUAGAUAGAUAGAUCAUCUUUCUAUCAUCUAUAGCUAAAGUAGAUUUUAGCAAAUGUCUGCAUAUAGCUUUAGAUAUAAAGAUGUACUGUCUGUUUGUAAAUUGUUAUUUGGUUUGCAGAGCUUGGUGUGCAUAAUAAUGUGUGUGUGUGUGUGUGUGUGUGCGUGCGUGCGUGUGUGUGUGUGUUGAAUCAGAUACGUCAGCAGAUGGAGGAGCAGGUGGCUCAGAAGUCCAGUGAGCUGGAGCAGCACCUGCAGCGCGUCCGGGAGCUGGAGGACAUGUACCACCGGCUGGAGGAGGCAUUAGAGGACGAGAGGCAGGCCAAGCAGGAUGAAGAGGACAUGCGCAAACUGCAGGCCAGGUCACUGAUACACACAUGACACAUAAACACACUCACUGGACAGUACACGGGUAAAUGAGAAGAGUAAAUACAGUUCUAUGAACAUCUGCUCAGUAAAACAGUGAGAGAUAUGCAGGGUUUAAUUUUGACAAAAUCAGAGGACUUGUCUUUUAUCUCAGAGGUGGGCCUGUUUAUGGUUUCUAUUCUCACUGCAGAUGUCAGUAAACAGUGAAGAAAGGAGCUGAAAACACUUCCAACUAGAGUUACACCAAAUUACACUCAAAUAAUCAGAGGGUUAAGUUGGUACAAAGCGAAUAAGUUGGAACUUGCAGCGUCAUUAUGUUUUUUUUUUCCAUCACAGGCUCUUGGAGGACGAGGCUGCAAAGAGAGCUGAGCUGGAGCAGAUUCACUUGCAGCAACAGAGGGCGCUGUCCCAGACCGAGGCUGAGAAACAGGAGCUGGUGGCCGAGCAGCUGGCUAAGGAGAGAGACCUGCAGGCGGCCAUGCUGCAGCUGGAUCAACUGGAGAAGGAGCGACGAGGAGCUCUGGAGGACUAUGAGGUCAGGAAGCACGUGUGGAUGUUUCUGCCAAUCUGAAACAGAAAUUAAUCCGUAAAUCUACUGGAGUGGAAAAAAAUGUCUUGGCCCAAAAAUCUGUUUUGUUCAUUUCUUUUUCUUUUGUUCAAACAAAGAAUCUAAUCUUCAUUGUUUUUAAGACUUUUAUGAAAGUAAAAGUAUCAACAUAAUGAAUAACAAAAGCAGCAGCUGCUUCCACUGUCGGCUGAAAUGUCUGAAGUUGUCAGUUUAGCUGUCAUUUAGUUUCACUCUCCCAAGCUGACUCUAUCAAUCUCUCUCUGACUUUCUCUUAACGUCACACAGAAGGUGACAAGGAAGCUUGAGCGUGCAACUCACAAGACGAAGACCUGGAAAGACAAGGUGGAGAAACACGAGGGGCUGGUGCGUCUCAUCCAACCAGGUAGGUUUGAGAUCUUUGGCACGGAAACAAAACAGCCACUCUGACUUUGUUUGGGCAAGUUGGCUCAACAAGAGCUAAAACUGUGGUCAGAGGAGAUAUCAGGUAUUGUGAUGCUUCAUGCAGAAAAGGGAGAGUUCAUCCCAUUUUUUGAUGUUUCUUCCACAUAGAAAGGAACAACCAUCAUCCGUCUGCUGCAGUCAGACUCAUAUGAUGAGAAGAAAUGAUGAACGUCAACAGUAAUAAAUAAAAAAACGUCACGACUGCAGCAAUUAGGGAAAGAGAUGAAUCGUGUUGUUACUUCAUAGAAUAAUGAACUGGUGAAACCACAUGACACACCGAGAGCAGCUGUUAAUUUCUAAGAGGAAGACUAAGAGGAAGUAAAGAGAGGAAACAGAGAAAUAAUCAAAGCAAUAAAAGCUGUAAAGAUGAUAAAUGAACCAACGAGUUUAAGAUUAAAUCUAAAGCAAACUGGAAAAACUCCUGAGGAGGGAGGAGGAUUUUCAUGAUCCAGGAAAUAUAUGAGCCUGAAUGUCGGCCUCCACUGUGAACUACAUUCAGUCUGUGUUAAUAUAACGGCGUAUCUUUGUUCUGUGUUAUUAGAAAGCUCCUUUACUCCUUUACUUACAAAAUGACGGCACUUAGCAUUUGACUCCAAGCUGUAACUCUGAACAUAACCUGGUCCCAGCCAGUUAAUGAGUUUAGAGGACGUUACCAUGGUGAUCUUGGCAGGUUAAAAUAGGCGGAAAACUCUGACUUUAGACUCAACAGACCCACUUUGCUUUGUGGUAACCCCUCCUGGGUGGUUUCUUUAUUGUGGAAAUCCCCAUCUAACAUUGAACUGAUCUGAUUAACGGUUGACUACACCUGAUUUUGCUCCUCUGUGCCAUCAUAUGUAAAACUUUACACAUGAUGGCACAGAGUGAGGGAGCUGUCCUAGCAGCAGUGUAAUGCCUGUCUUCAGUCACACAAGGAUGUAAUGUGAAGGUAUGUAUAUAUGAUUUUUGUCAGUUAUGAUUAUUGAAUUUAUACUCUUUCAGGUGACAAAGCACCGCAGAGGAUCACUAACUGGGGUCCGGCUUCAUUUACUGACAUUGAAUUGGAGCUGAGGAAGAAGUUGUGGCAGGAGAGCAAGAACCAAGGUGCUCAGGCUCAGUGAAAAUGACAGCCGGGACACUCGCUGAUGAGACAGAUCCCGCCGUAGAUUUACACCGGAGCCAAAACUGUCAUAUUCAAGGCCUUGAAGAGGUUUGAUAUCAUGAACUAACGGAGCCUUAAAAUAGCUGCCAAGAAUACUUUCACUGAUUUGAUUUGCUGUAGCUUGACGUGGAAUUUCAGCAGGAAAAGUUCAGUUUUUUUGUUUUUUAAAAUGAUAAAAUUAUCUUUAUUUGACAUCCACUUUACUGACUUAAUCUGAGGCAGAGCCUUCAUCAGCAGGAUCAGAUUUAUGACACUUAAAUUGUUACUCCUAAUGAAACGUCAGAGGUUAAUAUUCUGAAUAAUCUUAAAUAAGGUUGUCCUUUUUUAAAUAAUGUGUGCUUUUUUAAUUUUUACUCAUUUUUUCAUGUUUUUUUAACUUCGAGAAGAUGUGCAGAUGAGGAAAGCGCAGAGGAAAAGCUACAAAAGCUCGAUGUUGUUCAGUUUAUUGGCAAAAAUUGAGUGAAAUGUAACAGUUAUAACCUGGAUGUUAAAAAUUUGAAUAAAGCUAUCUAUUUUUUGAGAUGUCUGUUUCAACAUGUUUGUGUUUGAGGACAAAGAUAUGUUUUCAGUUACUUCCCUUCUUGGGAUGAAGGACCUGUCCUCCUUGUGAUUACCACCAGGUGUCAGCGUAUGAACAGGAUCCUAAAUCGGCUCCAAACCGAUUAGGACUGCUGGUGAUUUGUAAACACAUGUGGCAGCUGUCAUCAGCAAAAUCCCACAAAACUUACAAACACAUUUUUCUCCUGUUUACAUGCGAGGAAGAAACACAACAUUUUUAAGAUGUUCCAGGAGACUCAGAGCACCUCCACCAUGGGCUGAUGUUACCUUCAGCCUUUAGGCUUCACGUGCAGAGUGAUGGUUGCACGCUGCUCCUGCGUAUUACCCUCAAAAUAAGAUGAUGAUAUUCUGGUUUUGACAAACAACAGGUUAGUUUGAUGGCAAAUCUGUUUCAAAUCUUUGAUCUGGUUGACGUGCACACCUCCAGGUAAUUAUGAGGUUUUCAACAACAUACAAAAAGUAUGUAUAAUCAUGUAACUAUACCGUGCUUGUUUCAAAAACCUGCAGAUGUAAGCACUCCAGAGCACGUGGUCUUGUUAACACCUCACCAACAUUUCUGAACUUUAUUUUUCACCCAGGACUAGAAUUAAUCGCUUGCAUGCAAUAAGAAUACUUGAAAUAAUAGCUGCGUUCUGGGAGCCCUCCUGCUCUUCCACGUGCUUGUGUGGCCUGCCAAAGUCUGCAGCAUGCAUGGAAAGCCAAGGCAGGGUGACAUCAUUGACGAUACAUACGACAGGGGUAAGAAACUCGUGAACUUAAACUGUAAAGAACACAGAAACACAGGUAGUCAUAAACAUGAACGCUGUCAUCGGCAUGUAUGAAUAACCAGGUUUGAAGCAUUACUCUUAAACAUCUGACCCAGAAUAAAAUCAAAAACAGGAGGUCAAACAUGUCAAUGUAUUUGUUUACAGCGACAGUUUGAAAAUUAAUGUUCAACAGCCUUCAGUCAUAAACUGAGGCCAUCAAAUCGAAUCUGAACCU